UGGUCCUCGUGAAUUAUUCUUCAGCAGACGCCGCACAGAGACGUCGUGUGGGAAAUAAGCGGAGCAAUGGACGUUAGGGACCGCUGGGGAGACAGAGAGUACAGCUCUGGAGACUCUCUCCAACAAGAUGCGCCGCCUAUACCCAUUAGACCACCAGCCGGUAUGAGGAUAUCUCCCUACGCUAUGGACCCGGCCUACCUACCUCAGGUAGUAGACACACGAGACACAGUGGACCGGAGUUUCUGUUCCCGGUGGAGACCAGGAGAAAGAGCUGGAACGAGAAGAUGUUUGACAGAACAGGAGGCUCCUACAUGACAGGU